GGGUUCAAUCCCCAUCCUCUCUUUUGCCCUCCCCCCUUAAAACCCUUCAAGGGUAAAUUCGUCACUUCACUAAUAUCAUCCCUUUUCUCCGUCUUUUUCCACCCAAGAAAAAGCGACGCAAAAUCCGCAGUAACCAACAAUGAAUCUGCCACUUCCCUCCUCCACUACUACACUCGCUGCAUUUCAACAACCCAAAUUGACCCGACCCUUUUUCCAUGUCAUCCGCUCUGUGUCGAGCCGACCCGGUAGGAGGAAGUCGGGUUCCCACGAAUCAUCAUCAUCAUCUGAGGCAGAGGAGCUGGUGAGUUUGGUAAUGAUGAAUUUCAGUGAUAAGAAGCCAUUAGUGACCACACUGGAUAAGUAUGUUAAGUUAGUGAGGACUGAACAUUGUUUUUUGCUCUUUGAACAACUUGGCAAAACUGAUAAUUGGCUUCAAUGCCUUGAGGUUUUCAGAUGGAUGCAAAAACAACGGUGGUAUAUAGCAGAUAAUGGGGUUUAUUCGAAAUUGAUAUCAGUGAUGGGGAAGAAAGGGCAGAUUAGAAUGGCAAUGUGGCUGUUUUCUGAGAUGCGUAAUAGUGGGUGCCGUCCAGAUACCUCGGUGUACAAUGCAGUUAUUUCGGCCCAUCUCCACUCUCGAGACAAAUCCAAGGCCUUGACAAAGGCUAUGGGUUACUUUGAGAAGAUGAAGGGAAUGGAGCGUUGUAGCCCAAGUAUUGUUACAUACAACAUUCUUUUGAGAGCUUUUGCUCAGGCAAAAAAUGUUGAACAGGUAGAUUCUUUGUUGAAAGAUCUUGACGAGAGCGUUGUAACUCCUGAUAUAUUCACGUUUAAUGGUUUGAUAGAUGCCUAUGGGAAAAAUGGAAUGAUCAAGGAAAUGGAGCACGUUCUCUCUCGAAUGAAGAGUAAUCAGCUGAAACCAGAUAUUAUUACUUUCAAUAUAUUAAUUGAUUCAUAUGGGAAGAAGCAGGAAUUUCAGAAGAUGGAACAAGUUUUUAAAAGUUUGCUUCAAUCAAAGGAAAAACCUACCAUUCCCACAUUUAACUCAAUGAUAACAAACUAUGGAAAAGCACGACUCAGAGAAAAAGCUGAAUUAGUUCUUGAGAAGAUGGUUGACUUAGGUUGUAGGCCAAGUUACAUCACUUAUGAGUGCCUUAUUAUGAUGUAUGGGCAUUGCGACUCUGUUUCGAAAGCAAGAGAACUAUUUGAUAGGGCAAUGGAAUAUGAGAAAGAGAAGAAGGUUUCAACACUGAAUUCAAUGCUUGAAGCCUAUUGCAUGAAUGGGUUACCCAUUGAAGCGCAUGUUCUUUUUGAGAGUAUUCAUUCAUCCAAAGCUUUCCCUAUACACUACUCUACCUAUAAACUUCUAUAUAAGGCCUACACUAAAGCUGAUACGAAGGAUCUUGUACAAAAACUGCUGAGCUGUAUGGACAAAGAUGGAAUCAUCCCCAACAAAAAGUUCUUUCUUGAUGCUUUGGGGGCCUUUGGGUCCGCACCAACAAAUCAAAAGGCAGUUGGUGAUAAUAAAGGAUUGAGCAAGCACAGGGGUCGUAAGUGAAAAAAGAAAGUGGCUUGGAGUUAGAAAUCUGGUCACUGCUUUCGUUUCUCAAACAAUAAUGAGAUUUAAGAUGAGGCUUCUUCGUCAUACAUAUUGAGUGGCUCAGUAAUAAUAUAUCAAACUGCAAGGACAAUUUUGUUCUCCCAGCUAAAUACUUCGCUCUUUGUGAGAAUCUGUUGAGGAAUUAUGAAGAACCAAGGUGCUUUCACAGAUUCAAUAUAAAACAUGGAACAUUCAAGUUGUGAACCUCAUCACCCAUUUCUUCACGACCAAGGGUGCUUGAUGCUGUACCUAGCGGGUGGUUCAUUCAAAUAUCUGCCAUGAAGUUAAUUUUCUUGUUUGCGUCUCUAGAUUCUCCAACUCCAUUUUCGUUGCAGCAAUGUUAUUCUGUUGCAAACAAUAAGAGAAAGGAGAAGAUAUAUCCAACUUUUUCAAUAUUUAUUUUUCUCAUCAAUUGUACAAAUUGCAUCAAUCCCAACUCUUGACACUUAGGAAGGGUCGUUUUUGCUUGCAAA